CUUGGGACAGACCCGGAAGCGGCGGCGGCGCCCCUGGGGAAGAUGGCGCCCUCGGGGCUGAAGGCGGUGGUGGGGGAAAAAAUUCUGAGCGGAGUCAUUCGCAGUGUCAAAAAGGAUGGAGAAUGGAAGGUGCUCAUUAUGGACCAUCCAAGCAUGCGCAUCUUGUCAUCCUGCUGCAAGAUGUCAGACAUCCUGGCUGAGGGCAUCACCAUUGUUGAAGACAUCAACAAGCGACGAGAGCCCAUCCCCAGUCUGGAGGCCAUCUACCUGCUCAGCCCCACGGAAAAGUCUGUGCAGGCUCUGAUCGCAGACUUCCGCGGCACCCCAACCUUCACCUACAAAGCAGCCCAUGUCUUCUUCACUGACACCUGCCCCGAGCCCCUGUUCAGCGAGCUGGGCCGUUCUCGGCUGGCAAAGGCGGUGAAGACACUGAAAGAGAUCCACCUUGCCUUCCUCCCCUAUGAGGCCCAGGUGUUCUCCCUGGAUGCUCCCUACAGCACCUACAACCUGUACUGCCCAUUUCGGGCAGGGGAGCGGGCGCGGCAGCUGGAGGCGCUGGCCCAGCAGAUCGCCACUCUGUGUGCUACACUGCAGGAGUACCCGGCCAUCCGCUACCGCAAAGGUCCAGAGGACACAGCCCAGCUGGCCCAUGCAGUCUUGGCCAAGCUCAAUGCAUUCAAAGCUGAUACACCCAGCCUGGGCGAGGGCCCUGAGAAGACCCGCUCACAGCUACUGAUCAUGGACCGGGCUGCUGACCCCGUGUCUCCUCUGCUGCAUGAGCUCACAUUCCAGGCCAUGGCCUACGACCUGCUGGACAUCGAGCAGGACACGUACAAGUAUGAGACCACAGGGUUGAGCGAAGCACGGGAGAAGGUCGUGCUGCUGGACGAGGACGAUGACCUGUGGGUGGAGCUGCGUCACAUGCAUAUUGCGGACGUGUCCAAGAAGGUCACAGAGCUUCUGAAAACAUUCUGUGAGAGCAAGAGGCUCACCACGGACAAGGCCAACAUCAAGGACCUGUCCCACAUCCUGAAAAAGAUGCCCCAGUACCAGAAGGAACUGAACAAAUAUUCCACACACCUGCAUUUAGCUGAUGACUGUAUGAAGCGCUUCAAGGGUUGUGUGGAGAAGCUGUGCAGCGUCGAGCAGGACUUGGCCAUGGGCUCGGACGCAGAGGGUGAGAAGAUCAAGGACGCCAUGAAGCUGAUUGUCCCCGUGCUGCUGGACACUUCAGUGCCAGCCUACGACAAGAUCCGGGUCCUGCUGUUGUACAUCUUACUGCGGAAUGGUGUGAGCGAGGAAAACCUGGCCAAGCUGAUCCAGCACGCCAACGUGCAGGCACACUGCAGCCUCAUCCGGAACCUGGAGCAGCUGGGGGGCACUGUCACCAAUCCUGGGGGCUUGAGUGCUUCCAGCCGACUGGUGCGCCGGGAACGUCUGGAGCCCACCUACCAGCUGUCCCGUUGGACGCCGGUCAUCAAGGAUGUGAUGGAGGAUGUCGUAGAGGACCGGCUAGAUCGGAAGCUGUGGCCCUUUGUGUCUGACCCUGCCCCUGUGUCCAGCUCUCAGGCCGCUGUCAGCGCCCGCUUCGGCCACUGGCACAAGAACAAGGCAGGCUUGGAGGCGCGGGCGGGACCCCGACUUAUUGUGUACAUUGUGGGCGGCGUAGCCAUGUCGGAGAUGAGGGCCGCCUACGAGGUGACCAGGGCCACUGAAGGCAAAUGGGAAGUGCUCAUAGGCUCCUCACACAUCCUCACCCCCACCCGCUUCCUGGAUGACCUCAAGACAUUGGACCAGAAGCUGGAGGACAUGCCCCUGCCCUGACGUGCUGCCCGCCCUUCUCAGAUAAAUAAACUCCCUCCCACUGUCAG